CAAUUUUUCUAUUCAAAAAGUCGUUAAAGUUAUUUUGAAAACAUAACUACCUAAAGUUUUAAAUAAAAUGUCUUCUGAUAAUGAAGACGUAAUAGUUGCACCCUGGGUGGGAUCUUUAUCAAGUAAAAAUGUGUUAACAGUUGUUGUUAUUUCAACAAAUAUUGAAAUUAUAGAGAGAAUUGCUGAAGCACUUACAGAUGUACAUUCAAAAGGUACAUAUAAAUGGAAACUUAUAAUUCUACGUUCCUUCGAUUUAGAAAAACUUGUGGAAGUGUCGAAUUUAACAGGGAGAAUGGGAAUGGACUUUGUAAUUUUAGCUAUGGAUACAAAUAUAUUAUUUUGCUUGGAAUGGACUAAAAAUGCAUUGAGUCAGGUUGAUCCUGACCUUAGAGCUCGUCGUGUUGUGCUGGUAAACGCCGGUGGAGCACCUGUAAACGCAAUGGCAGUCAGUGCAAGUGAUUUAAUAGCCUUUUCCACGGAGGAAAACUUGGACAUGUUAAAUGCAAAUGUGUUUGUGAGACAUGAAGCUGUAUCAUUAGCUCAAAGGCUGUUAAGGUAUAUAGAAGUUUCUAUUGGUGUCGAAACAGGUGUUCCCAAUUUAAAUAUUUGAUACAUGUGGUAUUUUGUAAGCAAAAGUUUAAUUUGAAUCACAUUUAAAAGUUUUUUUUAUUACAAAGACUUGAUUUCUUGUAAUUUAUGAGCCGUGUGGGGAAAAAAAUUACCAAAAGGUACACUGUGCUUAUGGCAUAUUCGUUAAACUACAUUCAAAUCCAGACAAACAAGAAAUCUCUAUAAUAGAGGCAUUUCCCUCUCCAAAUAGGAAAAUCUCCAUGAGCGAGAAAAAUAUUGCCAUCCCUUGGACUCUUGUCUAUCCAAGUCUGCUAAUGUAAAUAACAAGGAAAAGUCAAUAAAAAUUAUACCUAUUAGUAUUAUUAUUUAUUAUACUUCAAUUGUACUACAAAAUAAUAGGAAGAUUUCUACAGUUACAAUUAUAUAUUACAUAAAUAAUAAAACAAUUACAGCAGUCCCUCACAAAGCUUUCUCACAGGCGUCUCCAAUAACAGAUAUAUUCAUGAAAAGAGUUAUUCAACUUUGAUACUUCAACAUAAAAUCAGUACGGUGAAAAAACCUUAAUUCUAAAUAAAAUACUGCGCAGUAAUAAUUUGUGUAAAUAUAAAUAACACAACCCUAUGACAUAUUGAAUACAAAAUUAUGUAAAAAAAAAUCAUUUAAUAUUCAUUAUACACUAUGAAUAUUUGCAUUAUAAUGUUGCAAUAAAUGGUUGAAUAAAAGCAAAACUUCAGAGAACCCAACAAAAAAAUACAAGAAAUCUUUAAAUUUUAAUUUUGUUAUGGUUACAUACAUUAUGGUUAAAGAAUUGUAACCAUAAAGAAUGUCAAAUUUUUAAAACUCUAAGGUUCUGUUCUUAGUGUAUAAUGAUUUAAUAAACAUUCAUUUGAGUUGCACUACUGUCAUAUGGUUAGGUAUAAUUUAUUGUAGACUAAAAUAUAACUAUAAUAAUCGCCAAAAUCUUACAUUAAAUGUCACAAUGGUGACUUCAAUAAAAAUAAACGUAUACGAAAAAUGUUUAAUAUUAGGCAAUAUCACAACUAAACCGCCCGGUACUAUUUCGGACUGAAAGUACACAAUUCAAUGUAUCCAUUAUUGCAUAUAUAACCCAAAACAGGUGACAUGAAAUA